AAUCGCGUUUACCAUCUGCACAAAUCAAAUCCAGUUGCCAAAAAACGUCCGCGAAAGCCUGAAACUAGUAUCAAAGAUGCAUUCAAAGAAAAGGAAAACGAAGCAGUUUCUAAUUCCGUAGUAACAAUUCCGUCCGGAAAAGCAGGACUACCUUCUCAGAAAUUCCGUUUUUAAUUGCUUCUGCACAUCUUCCACUGGAACGACCCGAAAAGUUGUGUUCAUAUACUUUCCAACCCGAUUUUCCGGAAACGUUUUGUAAAUGAGAAAUGAUGUGAUCAACAUGUCACGAGUACGGAACAAAGAAAAAAUCUGAGUUCCCGACAGGAAUUGAACCUAUGACCUUCCAUACCCCAGUCGGGUUAUCCAAUCACUGAGCUACGAAAGACUCGUGGCCAGCUGGGCGAUAUACAGUGUUCAUGUAUGACAUGCGUCCUGCGCACUGCUAGGAUCAAUGGUAAAAAACCAUUGUCUCGAUCAUUGCAUUCAUCAGUUUGUCGUUUAAAUUUUUUUUUUCUAACUCAAAUGAUUAAUUCUUUCUAGAAUACUCCACGGGAAAACAACCCCUUGUGCCUGCUUCCCAGAAGGCCGUGGGUGAGUAAGCAGCAAGCUGUUACCUUAGCAACAAACCUGUUCAACCUGCGCAUUUUAGAUGAUUCUUCUGUGAAAGAAUUAGACGGUUAUGACGACAGGAAUUUUUUUGUUCGUGGUUUGUUGAUCACAGAGGGAAAAGACAACGAAAAACUUCCAAGUCAUGAAUAUGUUCUGAAAGUUGUGAACCACAUGGACUCGAAUCACGAAGGUUUAAUGAAGACACAAUCUGACGUCAUGUCAUUUCUCCAGUCACGUGACCAUGCUUGCCCAGUCCCAGUCCCUUCCAUUUACGACACUACAUUUGUCAUGUGCAAAAUACCGAAGGUUGCCCCACCUGAUAUUGUUACCAUGGAAACCAAUGAGUUGGCCGAUAAAGAAGAGAUAGAAAUUUACAACGGUGAGGAGUAUUCUAAAGAGGCAUACUAUGUGUGUGCUGUGCGAUUACUGACUUUUGUACCCGGACAAAUGCUGCACGAGAUACCGCUUAACACCCAACUUUGCUUCGAUGCUGGGUUCGCCUUGGGAAGACUGCAUCAAGAUUUAAAGGUAUGAUCUUACAGGGCGGAGCCUAUCAUACAAAGUAAGAUACCUUGUGUAAAUAUUUUCCUUCAAACGAGGUUAGAAGCUACUCAGGCUGUUUACUGGUCAUUAUCUAAUAAAAAAAACACCCAAUAUAUUGUUUACAAGUUGAGCACUACUAAGCUGGCCAUUAUUUUUCCCGCUUUCGACAGUUACUCAUCAAGUCAAACCGGGAGCCCACAACACGGAGCGACCAGCUCAGACUAGUUUAUAUUUAGAUCAUUUUUCCUGCGAAUUUUGAAAUAAAGUCUUCAAACUUCAGGUUUUCAAAUAAGUCUUACAAAACAGUCAUCGAAAACCGAAGACUUAAAAAGGUAUUUCUGGUGUUUUGAUAGCAUUUACCUCCUCUUUUUGUAAGUAUCCUACUAUGGAUGCGCACGCAUACUGGACGGUGCCUCUAUUUUUGCAGGAAAAAGUUUUAAAAAAAUGAUGGUAAAAAUACCUUGAUCUGUGAAAACGCCGUUGUAUCGGCUAAGUAUGGGAGUUGGGCGCUCACGGUUAUGUGCUCCUGGUCAGCGAGGCAGGCGAUCGAGUAGGAGGGCUAAAAACAGAUCCGCGAAUUGUGUGCGAGUACUUGAAAGUGCCCGCACACACGGGCUGUUAAGCCUGGUCUCCAGACUGAUAUAAUCGCCCAGGACGUCUAGAUAGCUUCCGUUUUUUUAGCGACGAACCGGAAGGUGAAAUAGAAGCCCAGCCUCGAACCAAGGUUUUUCUUGGGAUUUCCAGCGAUAGUUGCGGUGCAAGAGGACGAGGGAUGGGCGAAGCAUGUCCAUACAUCUUAGCUCUUUUAACGUUUUUCAUGACCCUUCCCGCCCUAGUCCAAAAAAUUUCAUAAACCUUUGCGCCACGACUACUGCGAAAAUCACAGAGAGCGCCCAGGUAACGAGGCGAUGAAAAUCGCUUGCAAACCAUCGCCCUACCAUAAUCUCCUUUGUUUUACAGGAUUUUGGAUGUCCAAAGCUUGGACGCGAUGACUUAGCAUGGAACUUGGCUACUACAGGUGAAAAAAUAGAACCAUUUCUUGACGCUUUGAAUGACCAUCAUUUCAUUGAAAUGGUCCAAGAGGUUUGUGAAUCCUUUAGGGAAAAUGUAACCCCGAAAAUGCAUCUGUUGCCGAAACAGGUCAUCCAUGGAGACGCGAAUUACACAAAUAUGUUAUUGGUUCGACGUAGCGAUAAUGAUGCUAAUCUUGCAGCAGACUUUGGCUUCAUCGACUUUUCAGAUAUUAAUUAUAGUUGCCGUGUCUUUGAUCUAGCAAUUUCGCUUACAUACUGCUUGAAUCACCCUAAUGCUUUGAACUGCGAGGAAUCUCGAAUGGCGGCGGGACAUUUUUUCGCAGGAUAUUACUCUGUCAACCCCUUGUCGAACGAAGAGAUAGAAUUGCUGCCUGUAUUAAUAGCCUCGAGGUUUUGUCAGACAUUAGUUUAUGGUGCCUUCACCAACACAUAUCUCGACCCUGGCAAUAGUUAUCUCAUGGAAACCUCUACACACGGGUGGAAGAAUUUUGAAGCGUUUUGGAAGACGCCAAAAGACGAAGUGCUAAAAAUGUGGCUCCAAUUGACCAAUCAGAACAAUUACAAUUAA